GGGGUUGACUGGGGAUAAUUUAGUUACGACUGUUAAAGGAUAAUUUCCCGUUACGACUUGUGAUGCAAUAAGCUACUUAUAUUGCGAUUAGUGUGAUUACCCUCUACUGUAAUGGAUGAGUGAGGGACAAUAUUCAACUUAGACUCGUCGAUCGGCAACCUUUAUAUUUUGCUAUGAACAGUCUACUGCUUCACAUAAAAUCACCCGAGUUUUUUUUUCUUUUUGCACUGUAAUAUUCAAUCUUUACCCGAAACAAAACCUUCUGGCAGGUUGCCAAAUCCCGCCAUUUAACCUGUGCAGUUCAGUCCAAAUAAGGCUACAAAUAAACCUUUUGGUCACACUGUCUGCAUAUAUGAUAAAUAGCUUUAUGCCAUAUUGUUUUCUUCUUUCCGGUGCAGGAAAGACGUAAGAUACCUAAAAUUUUAUCCUAAAAACAACGGGUCAUAUUAAUGCCAUGCGCGUAAAAUUGAAUUCAUCAUAUUCAUUCGUACAGUGCUAAACAUUAUAUGGUCAAAUAAUUAUUUUUGAAUUAUUUUCUGCCUCGGUUUUGCAUCAUGAAUUAAAGACUUUAUGUCGUGACAUUUUCCUUACGAUGUUCACGCUUGAUCAUGCGCAGUGCGGUCGUGACGUCCCGCACUAAAUUUAGGAGAAGACGUAUUUGUACCCGGCUCGAGUGUUUCCUCACAAAUUGCUGACCUAGACAGUAAACGUUCUGUCAAUCAUCAGUGUAAGAGGGUAUAAAAAGCUGCAGUUAACAACGUGUUCAGAAUUUUGGAGAGGGUAUUCGCGAGCAGUUAGUUUUGUUUUUUCAUUGUUAGCCGUUGCUACUUCUUCAUCGCAGGAAACAGCCGCCUUUGCUUUCGUACACAAAACAAGCAAGCUCACUUCGAUUUGAUUUUCCGGUAUUAAUUUGCCAUGGAUGGCACGAUAGGAAAAUAUCGCCCAAGAAGCGAAUCUCCGGUUAAUUCUGUGGAAGGGCAAAAUCUAAAUGAUUUUGAGGUGAAGAUCGCCCCCGAAGAAACGAAUGGUGCACCUUUUGCAAACGGCAAACAACAUGUGGGCGCCGGGGAAGAUGCACAUGAAAACGUCGAUGAAAGUGGUGACAAAGGUAAAAAUGGAAAGAAAAAGAAAGAGAAAGAAGAGAAACCACCAGCUGUGCCUUUUUUCAAACUGUUUCGUUUCAGUGACAAGUUGGAUGUUCUGCUCAUGGUUUUGGGAACUAUAUCAGCAUUUGGUCAUGGUGCAGCUGUCCCUCUCCAGUUUAUCAUCUUUGGAGACCUUAUCGACAGUUUCAUUAAUCAUGGAAAAGCUCAGGCGCUAGCAUCUCAAAAUGAAACGUCAUCUGUUCCAGAUGCAGGUCCAGAUCUUAAUGAUCAGAUGCAAGACUUUGCACUGUACUAUGUUUACCUGGCCAUUGGAAACUUGGUUGUUGCCUAUGGCCAAAUGGCGAUGUGGACACUUACUGCUACACGCCAAGUGAGACAAAUGCGUUUGGCUUUCUUUAGAUCUGUCUUAAAACAGGACAUUGGCUGGUUUGACACAACUGAUCCAGGAGAGCUCAACAGUCGACUCACUGCAGAUCUUGACAAAGUAAAUGAUGGCAUUGGUCAAAAAAUUGGAAUGUUCCUCAUGUCCCUCACAUUAGUUUUAGUUGGAUUUAUCAUGGGUUUUGUGUAUGGAUGGAAGCUCACCCUUGUUAUCAUUGCUAUAAGCCCACUGAUAGCUAUAGCAGGUGGAAUAAUGGGAAAGUUGUUGUCUUCAAUUACAACCAAAGAACUUGAUGCCUACGCCAAAGCUGGGAGCAUAGCAGAAGAAGUGCUAUCGUCAAUAAGAACUGUGGCUGCAUUUGGAGGAGAGAAGAAAGAAAUUGAGAGAUAUUCAUCACAUCUGGGAGAUGCUCAGGCCUUUGGCAUCAAGAAAGGUGUAAUGUCAGGACUUGGUAUGGGCUUCUUCCAGUUAAUCAUGUUUGGCAGCUAUGCUUUGGCCUUUUGGUAGGUUUAUUGUUGUAUAAUCCAGCAAAUAUUAUUAAUANGAUUGAUAUCGAUUGUGUUUUUUUCAGUUAUGUUCGGUGCCAUGCAGCUGGGUCAGGCUGGUCCCAACUUUGCAGACAUAGCAACAGCCCAAGGGGCAGCAUAUCAAGUGUUCCUUGUGAUUGACAGGGUUCCUCCAAUUGACUCAAGUUCUACCGAGGGUGAAGUGCUUGAUGAUAGUUCAUUUAAAGGAAAUGUCAGCUUCAGCAACAUUGAGUUCUUUUAUCCAUCAAGACCAGACAUUAAGAUUUUGAAUGGUUUGAGCUUGAGUAUUGACAGUGGCUUGACUGUUGCCUUAGUGGGUGAGAGUGGCUGUGGGAAGAGUACAGUUGUCAAACUACUACAGCGAUUUUAUGAUCCCAAUAAUGGCCAGGUGCUUGUUGAUGGCCGUGACAUUCGUAGUCUGAACUUGAAGUGGUUGCGUGAACACAUCGGUGUUGUGAGUCAAGAGCCCGUUCUUUUUGCCACUACAAUAGCAGAGAAUAUCCGGUAUGGAAAAGAUGGUGUGACACAGGAGGACAUUGAAAAGGCAACAAAAGAGGCAAAUGCUCAUGAUUUUAUCAUGAGACUUCCUCAAGGCUAUGAUACUCUUGUUGGUGAACGUGGGACUCAGCUCAGUGGAGGACAGAAGCAGCGGAUUGCCAUUGCGCGAGCUCUUGUGAAAGAUCCCAGGAUACUGUUGCUGGAUGAAGCAACUUCAGCACUGGACAGUGAAAGUGAAUCAAUUGUACAGGCUGCUUUGGAUAAAGCUCGCCAGGGUCGCACCACCAUUGUGAUUGCUCAUCGUUUGUCGACAGUCCAGAAUGCUGAUGUUAUUGCAGCUGUGCAGGAUGGUGUGGUGGUUGAGAAAGGAACUCACGAUGAACUUAUGCAGACUGAUGGCGUCUAUCACCAGCUGGUUACACUACAGACUUUUGAAGAGGAAGAAGAUUUGGAGAUUGAUGAUGACAAUGAUGAGACAGAGGACGUUGAGGAGAAAGAGUCCGCAGCAGCAGUGAACUUUAUGCGAAGUAUGUCACACAUGUCAAGUGACAGUGAACAUGAAGGUACAGAGUUUGAAAGGAAGCUGUCCACCAGAGCAUCUCGCAGAUUAUCAGCCAAAAGAAGGGGGAGUUCCUUUACAGAAAGGCCCAAAUCUGGCAAAUCUGGCAAGACUGCUGAGGACAAGAAAGACAAGGACGACAAGGAGCAGAUUGUAGAGGAAGAAGUUCAACCUGCCUCUGUGUUCCGCAUCAUAAAGAUGAACCUGUCUGAAUGGCCGUACUUGACCAUCGGAAGUAUUGCUGGUGCCAUAAAUGGACUAUUUCCGUUUGCUUUUGCCUUGGUUCUGUCAGAAAUUCUUGCAGUGUUCGCUGGGACUGAUAAAGAUGAGAUGAAAAAGGAAUCUGAAUUCUGGUCAAUUAUGUUUCUUGUUAUCGGUGUUGUGAGUUUUGUGGCAAAUAUUAUCCAGAGUUCAGCAUUUGCCAAGUCUGGUGAACUUUUGACCUUGCGGCUGAGGAAAGUUGCAUUUCAUAGUAUCUUAAGACAGGAUAUGGGAUACUUUGAUGAUCCACUUCACAGCACUGGAGCACUGACUACAGCACUUGGAACACACGCCUCAGCUGUGCAAGGGGCUGCAGGCACUCGUCUUGGCACAAUUGCAAUGUCUUUGAGUACAGUCAUUGCUUGCACCGUGUAUGCCUUCAUUAAUGGCUGGAAACUGUCGCUCGUGGUUCUUGCUUUCAUCCCAUUGCUAGUAAUUGCCAGUACAAUUCAGAUGAGAGUGUUCGCAGGAGGCAAGGUUUCUGCUCAUGGUGAAGAUGAGCUUGUCCAGGCGGGCAAGAUUGCAGUUGAAACAAUAGAGAAUAUCCGAACUGUGGCAUCCCUGGGAAGAGAAAACACUUUCUAUAACGCCUACUCCCAGGCUAUAAAGAAACCAUAUAAAAAAGCCUUGACACAGGCUCACUUGCAGGGAGCUUCAUUUGGUUUAUCUGAGGCAUUCAUGUUCUUCGCCAACGCUGCAGCCUUUAGAUAUGGAGGAUAUCUUGUGGAGGAGGGAGAAAUGACCAUGGAGGAAGUUUUUAAGGUUGUGCUGUCUAUUAUGAUGGGAGGGUUUGUCCUUGGUCAAGUCAGCGCUCUCUCGCCAGACUACGAGAAGGCCAAGAUCGCUGCUGCUCGUCUCUUUAAAAUCUUUGACCGUAAAUCUGCAAUUGACAGUUCCUCUGAAGAUGGUUUACGACCGGCUUCUGUGACAGGAACAGUGCAGUUACGCAGUGUUCGUUUCCGCUAUCCAACACGCCCAAACGUCAAGGUUUUACGUGGAGUCACUCUCACUGUCCAGAAAGGACAGAAACUUGCUCUUGUUGGCUCAAGCGGCUGCGGUAAAAGUACAGUGGUUUCUCUCUUGGAGAGAUUUUAUGAUGCCGAGGACGGAGAAGUGGUAAGUAGACUAAGUAGAUACCAGGAGAAUGAAUAUUCUUGUCGAAGAACGAUCCGAACAGUACAGUAAUCGUUGAGUUGAAAUCUAGUUUGUUAAUAAAACCAAAUGUAUUGUUUGUUGUUUACUUUCCUUUUGAUCAGGAAAUCUCAUUUUACUACUCGGACUUGUUUACAGGAAUACAAUUGAUGUACUAGCAAAUUCUCAGAUCUGACAUUGAAAAAUGUUGGGCCUUUAGUUAGGAGAAUAAAGAAUUAGUCUUAGCUUGCGGACCGUAACGAUAGCUGGUUCUUCUUCUUAUAGGGUCCGGAUUUCUAAAGCGUU